UUUUAAUGAAAAAAUUGCAUGUAAACUCAAUAUCUGGUUGGAAUUCUUGGAUAGGCGAUGUAAUACUGUUUGGGUUUUCUAUCUACAACCUUGGUGAGAUACCAUCAGAGGAGUUACCAAACAGAUAGUGACGUAACAGAAGACUAGUCAUGUUGUCGAAUACGUGCCGGACGUCCGUGCAGGCGCUGCGGGUGGGAGGGCGGCAUGUGUGCAGAGGACUCAAGACAAAAAGUUCGUCUGCUGACGCAGCACAAGCUGCAGCAGCUGUCAAAGGAAAAGACACUGGAGAUACAAUGCGGCCAUUGUACCUGGAUGCACAGGCAACCACUCCGCUGGACCCCCGAGUGCUGGAUGCAAUGAUGCCAUUCACUGUCGGUUACUAUGGCAACCCCCACUCCAGGACACACGCCUAUGGCUGGGAGACAGAAAAGGCAGUGGAGGAAGCCAGGAAGGAGGUUGCAGACAUCAUCGGUGCAGACCCAAGGGAGAUAGUUUUCACUAGUGGAGCAACAGAGUCCAACAACAUCUCUGUUAAGGGUGUGGGCAGAUUCUACAAGAGUAAGAAGAAACAUGUCAUCACAACACAGAUUGAGCACAAGUGUGUGCUGGACUCCUGCAGGGCCCUGGAGGGGGAGGGGUUUGAUGUGACCUACCUGCCUGUCAAACCCAAUGGAAUUAUUGAACUUGAGAAACUGGAAGCAGCCAUCAGACCGGACACAUCACUGGUCUCCAUCAUGACUGUCAAUAAUGAGAUAGGAGUGAGUCAGCCAAUCAAGGAAAUAGGUGAACUGUGUCGGUCCAAGAAAGUGUUCUUCCACACUGAUGCUGCCCAGGCCAUUGGAAAGAUUCCUCUGGAUGUGAAUGACAUGAAGAUAGACCUGAUGUCCAUCAGUGGCCACAAGAUAUACGGGCCAAAGGGUGUAGGAGCCCUGUACAUCAGACGACGACCUCGGGUGAGGAUUGAAGCCCUGCAGAGCGGAGGUGGUCAGGAGAGAGGCAUGAGGAGUGGCACUGUGCCUGCACCCCUAGCUGUGGGGCUGGGGGCAGCCUGCCGCAUCUCACAGCAGGAGAUGGAGUAUGACCAUAAGAGGAUCACAGCCCUGUCUGAGCGUCUAAUCAACAAGAUCAUGAGUGCCCUGCCCCAGGUGGUGAGAAACGGGGACUCUGAGCAGACCUAUCCUGGUUGUGUCAACUUGUCCUUUGCAUAUGUGGAAGGAGAGAGUCUGCUGAUGGCACUGAAGGACAUUGCCCUGUCUUCAGGGAGUGCCUGCACAUCUGCCUCUCUGGAACCAUCCUAUGUGUUGAGAGCCAUUGGAGCUGAUGAAGACCUGGCACAUUCCUCUAUCAGGUUUGGCAUUGGGCGGUUUACGACAGAAGAGGAAGUGGACUACACAGCAGAGAGAACCAUCAAGCAUGUCACAGCAUUGCGGGAGAUGAGGUGAGACAACUCAAAACAGCAGACUCAUCAAUGGGUUGUACUUGUUUUAACACUAACAAUGCAAAGACAC